ACCAAAUCCAGCUAUUCAACAAGAAAGGUAGAAUGUUGCUUGCUAUUGAUGCUUUGAAUAAAAAUCAAAUUCCAAGCAUUCAGGAUGCUGCAAAAUAUGGCAUUGUUGAGCAGGAUAUCUAUAACUUUGAUGAGACUGGCUUCUCCAUAGGAAUGACAUCUACUGCAAAGGUCAUUACUUCUCAGGUUCAAAGCCGUGCAAAAGCCAUACAACCAGGAAAUCGUGAAUGGGUGACUGUCAUUGAGGCCAUUGGCUCAACAGGCUGUCUUCUUCAUUGAUUAUCUUUGCUGGCAAGCAGCACAAAUCUACUUGGCAUCAACAUAUACCUGAGGACUGGUUAUUGGAGUCAGUGAGAAUGGAUGGACAAAUGAUAAGCUUGGAGAGCUCUGGCUCAAAGAGGUCUUCGAAAACAUACUAAAAUGCGUACAAUCGGCACCCACCGGCUUCUGAUCCUUGGUCAUGGCAGCCAUGCAACUGCUGCUUUUGACCAUUUCUGUACAAAGAAUCAUAUUAUACCUCUUUCUCUACCUCCACAUUCAUCACAUCUUCUUCAGCUGCCUGAUGUUUCUUGUUUUGGGCCAUUGAAACAUCUCUAUGGCCAGCGGGUUCAAACUGCUAUGCAGCUAGAGAUCAAUCAUAUCAAUAAGGUUGAUUUCUUGGCUGCUUACCAGCAGACACGCCCACAAGCAUUCUCAUUAGUUGCAUUCGGGCCGGGUAGGGUGGGGAAAUGGGCACCUUAUGGAUUUGCUGCUGCAGGUCUAGUCCCAUAUAAACCCGAGAAUGUACUUUAUGAGCUCCAUAUCCAGGUGAAGACCUCUACACCACUGGGCAGUCCACAUAGCAGAGUCAUCUAGUUGGACAGCAGACUCCCAAAACUACCAGGCAACUUCAGAAGCAAUCUGAGCUUAUCAAGCGCCUCUGGAGGCAGCGUACACACAGCCCACCGAGUCCUAUCAAUCAGGCAGUUGAGCAAGUGGCCAAGGGUGCUCAAAUGGCAAUGCAGAAUGCGCUGCUCUCAGAGCAUGAGGUUAAGCAGCUACGUGCUGCUAAUAAAACCCAGAAGCACAAGCGGGAUACUACUAGGACCUUUAUAGCUGCUGGUAGUAUUUUGACUGGCGCUGAGGGUCAG